AUGGUGGACGAUUGUCCAUAUGAUGUUCUUGGGAAAUCUCAGUUUUACGUGGGGUUGGAGAAAUGUAUUAGAGAUUUGAGGGGAACGUUGUUAGAGAAGGACGUGUCAGUCGUUGGCGUGCAAUCCUUGUGGGGCGGGGGGAAAACUACUCUGGUAUUGGGUCUCUGCAAUGAUCCUCAAAUAAAAGGAUACUUCAACGAAAAUGUGGUUUUCAUCAACGUUUCACAAUCACCAAACCUGAUAGGAAUUUUAGAGACUAUGUGGGAGAAGAUUGGUGGAAGGAAGAAACUAGAAUUUCAGAAUUUGGAAGAUGGACACAAGCAGCUGCAGCAAUUGAUUUUGAGUCAACCCAAGUCAACUCUGGUAAUUUUGGAUGAUGUUUGGUCUAGAAUAAAUUUGGAAAAUUUGUUACUCGAAGGGCCAGGAUACAAAACUGUUGUAACAACCAGAGACAGUUCUACUAUCCCCACAACCGAGACUACUAGACUGUAA